AUGACCCUUCUCUCUCUACAUCUCUCUAUCUCCAUCUAUCUAUCUCUCUAUCUCUCCAUCUCCAUCCAUCCAUCCAUCUCCAUCUAUCCAUCUAUCUCCAUCCAUCCAUCUAUCCAUCUAUCUCCAUCCAUCUAUCCAUCUAUCUCCAUCCAUCCAUCUAUCCAUCUAUCUCCAUCCAUCCAUCUAUCCAUCUAUCUCCAUCCAUCCAUCUAUCCAUCUAUCUCCAUCCAUCCAUCUAUCCAUCUAUCUCCAUCCAUCCAUCUAUCCAUCUAUCUCCAUCCAUCCAUCCAUCAUCCAUCCAUCCAUCUAUCUCCAUCCAUCCAUCCAUCCAUCCAUCUCCAUCCAUCCAUCCAUCUCUCUCCAUCUAUCUAUCUAUCUCUCUCCAUCUAUCUAUCUCUUCCAACGUGCUUUCCCAGAUCCUACAAUUUUAGUGUCAGUGAAAUACGGAAUCAUCAGUUCUGA